AUGACGGCAAAGCUGGAGAUACGCGAGGGGGAAAACAGGAAAUGGACGGGCACUACUACUACUACUACUGUCACUACUACUACUACUACUACUACUGUCACUACUACUACUGUCACUCCAGCUACUGCUGCUGUCACUACUACUGCUACUGUCACUACUACCACCACCACCAUCACUACUACUACUGUCACUCCAGCUGUAACCCCAGCUACUGUCACUACUACUACUACUGCUACUGUCACUACUACUGCUACUGUCACUGUCACUACUACCACUACUACUGCUGCUGCUGGCACUACUACUACUACUACUGUCACUACUACUACUACUACUACUACUGUCACUACUACUACUACUACUGUCACUCCAGCUACUGCUGCUGCUGCUGUCACUACUACCACCACCACCAUCACUACUACUGUCACUACUACUGCUACUGUCACUACUACCACUGCUGCUGGCACUACUACUACUACUACUACUGUCACUCCAGCUACUACUGCUACUGUCACUACUACUGCUACUGUCACUGUCACUACUACCACUACCACUACUACUGCUGGCACUACUACUACUACUACUGUCACUACUACUACUACUACUACUGUCACUACUACUACAACUACUACUACUGAAAAACAGAAACAAGACAGGAGCCAGCAGAGGCCAUUUUAUGAGACAGAAGCACACCAAUCUGUAGGUGUCACAAAAUACAAAUAG